UAUAAGUGUUUUACCCGCAGUAAAUAUUGUUUACAUCGGACAUCAUGGAAGAUAAUGAACGAGAUCCUUCACCAAAAGCUGCAGGUUCAAGAUACAGAUAUGACCCUUAUUCAUUGUCUGAAUUUGAUACGAGAGAACAGAUGAGUAAAGUGCAAAAUAAGAAAGAUGAAAGAUCAAAGGAAAGUAAGAAAAUUAAACAGAAAUUAGGUGAACCGGGCACAAAACAGAGAUCUUACAAACCCAAAAAGACAGCCUCACCAUCGACAGAUAGUUCAACUAGAAAUAUUUCUGGUAUGGCUCUAUCCGAACAUUCUAAUGUUUCUGAAAGUGAAACAGAUCCUGAUCUACCUAACAGAAAUUCAUCUUUUAGUUCACGCAUCUCUCCAUCGAGACUGACAUCACAGAUGUUUCAAGCAUUAAACCGAGAAGAUAACUGCCCGACAUCCAAAUUACAUUCAGCACUGACGGGUAAACUUCAACCACAUCCUCAUUUACGUGAUACACCUCAGUCUAUGUCCCCUGUUAGAGUUCCCUCCCCAGCUAGACAUCCAUCACCAGGAGGUACCCAUAGAAGCACACCUCCAAUGUCAACUGCACAACUCUUAGCUUCCCAGUUUAACACUCCUCUUGGGAUUAAAGUUUCACCGGACUUUCAUGUUAACCAACCAUUGAGGAUAUCACCUGGUGGACGAAUAUCUCCAAGAGGUUCUGGAUUACCACCAAAUUUACCAACUUUGUCCCCAAAUCUGCCCUCCACAUCGCCACGGUCAGAUCCAGCCAGAAACUCUCCAGGACCACCAAGGUUGUCCGGUCCUUACAGCCGACCUGAUCAUCAUCCAAUGCCAUUUCCAUUCGUACCCUAUCCAAGUGAUCCCAUGAAUCCUGCAUCUGUAAGAACGUCAACCGCCAACCUACGCAUAAUGGCAGCUGCACCAGAGAGUGUGCAAAGAGCACCAAUGCCUUCCUCCAAUUUACAGCAUUUAGUGUUAGCCAUGGAAAGAGAAGAGUUCAGAAAUAAUCCAGAGCAGGUUGCUAUACCCUUCACUAAUCCUAGAGAAUAUAGUACUGAACACAGACUAACAGAAACAUUACUGAGACAAAAUGUACAAGAUGUCAGUAAAUUGGAAAGAUUCUAUAAAGGAGCUGUUAGUCAAGGACAUCACCCUUCUCCACUGCCAGUCAAUAGAACACCAUCACCAGCCAGAGACAGAGCUUCUCCAGUUCCUGAAAGAGUUUCCCCAGCACCACAUCCCAAAAAGGAUUUUCAAAGACGUGCUACUCCCCCACCACCUAGAGAGCCAACACCACCCCCAUCCACAUAUUAUAAUCCAGCAUAUGGUGGUCCACCAAUGGAUUUAUCAAAACUCCCCCCUAAGCAUCGUGUACGCAGACUUGAACAGCCUUCAUCUGUAGCAUCUCAAGCACCUGCAUUAGCUGGAAUGCCCCCUGCAUUUGCUACACAUCAUCUCACGCUCCAGCGUCCAUUGGGUCCUGAUCCUUCAUCUUUACCAGCACAUUUCACAUCCUUUGCAGCAAGACAACAACAUCCACCUCCACCACCUGAAGCUGUACCCCAACCUCCUGUCUCAAUCCCCAUUCCCUUGAUGAUACCUAAGUUAUUACAAGGACAACCAUAUAUAAGUCUACCUAGAAUGCCACUAGAUCCACAUGGUGGAACUAUAAAAUUACCAGAUGAUAAAUUUGAUUUCAAGGCUCAUGAGGCAUUGUCCAAAGUCUCAAACAUACCUUCUAUCGUAAAUCCACCAGUUGUUUCUGUGAAGAAAAGCCAGGCACCAGCUCCAAAUCAAAGAGAUGUUCCUCCUCAUCAGAUAAAUCCCUUUACUUUUCCCAAGUCUGGUAUGAAAGUUUCCCCUACUCCCACCAUCCCAUCUUUUGGUGCUGUGAAUCUGGAGUCAAAUUCCACCCCUCCGACGGCUAACUAUGCCCGAUCUAGGUCUGAUAUAACUUAUUUACGAAGACAGGAGGAUAUAAAGGACAGUAAUGCCAUGCCACAUUUGGUACCAGAGAAAAGUAUAAAACUAGAUGAUACAAAGUUUGGUAGUCCUAGUUAUCAAGAAAUAGAAGAAGAAAGCAAGAAAUUAAAACCCUGGACGGGACAAUUCAACAUGCGAUUGAAGAAUUUAGCAAACUUUCCUGCCAAUGCUGCUUCAUAUAGAUCAGCUUAUAGAGCUCAGUCAGUGGCUGUACAAAGGGCAAAGUUGUGUUCAAUAACUGGAGCAGGAAAGACAUUAGAUUUACUACGACAGACUUUACAAAAGAGUAUUAAUAAAGAAAUAGAUGCAGUCAUACAGAAAUAUGUUGAGAAAUUUUUCAAUCUAGGAAUUGCUAAUAUAAAAGAAAAUACUGGUCCUACAUCAGUUACAGAUGAACAUUUAAAUUCUGUGUGUCGACAAAUACUAGAAGAAUCAAAGAAAAUGUAUAUAGUCGAAAGUAGAAGAAGUGUAUCACCUGUUCGAGAUUUUCCUGAUAAUGUAUCAGAUACUGGUAGUAAUAGUGGUAAAAGAACAUUGAUAAAGAAAAGAAGAUUAUCAGACAGUGAUUCUGAGAAAGGAAGUGAUUUGAGUAUUCCUAGAAAAAUAAAAAGAAAGGGAAGACCUCAUAUAUCCGGACGCUCUACACCUUCCAAAAUAAGAAAUAUAGAUAUUGUUAGAAGAGAAGGUCCUAAGUGGGAUCCAGAGAGAUUAAAUCUAGAUACGUUAUUAGUCAUGGGAGCCAAAGCUAACAAAGCUUUAGGUUUGGGUAAUACUAGAGGUAGAUUAUAUAUCAAACAUCCAGAUGUAUUUAAGUAUUCUGGUGAUCAAGAAGAUAAACAGUGGUUAUAUGAACAUCAUUUAAUGCCAGCUACAGGAGGCAAGGCAUAUAUGUUAAUAGUUGAGGAUAUCAAAGAUCUUGCUGAAACAGAUGAAUAUAGGGAUGGUAAUUUGUUGAUGGAUGAACUGUCAGGUUUUAAUGUACCAGAAUGGAUGAUUGCUAAAAUGAAAGCUCAGAUGCAGAUAAUGAGGACAGAUCGGGGUAAAGUAACAAAUCGGAGUAGAUCUGCAACUCCUAGUGAAGCUUCCUUGUCCUCAAUAAAGGAAUUAGAUGGUGAUGAUAGUUCUAAAACUUUACCCUUCUCUAACUUUUCUGAUAGUCCUUUAACUAUUAAUACUAAAACAGAGAACGAAGUAUCAGCAAUGGAUGCGGAGAUGGAGUUUUUAUCAGGAGCUGGUAUUGGUGGAUCAAACAUGUCACCUUUUAAUCUAACUGGAGGUUUUGAUGACAAUGGAUCCCCGUCACAGAGUGAUAUAGACAACCUAGAUGAUGAUCCUACCUAUACAACACCUUUUGGGUUAGCUAAAGACUGACGGCUUUAUGUUCAAAUAUAUUAAAGAGUUUCCAUGGGUUAAUUUUGCCUCUUCGUAGAAAAGAAGGACUUGAUUGGAACCAAAAAGAAGAGAUUUUAUUGAACAUGUUUGAAAGUUGGUUAGAGUUAUCUCUCCUCUUUUGAUCAAUAAAAGUAUGAUGUUUUGAAAUCGUAAGACAAUUAAACGAAUGUGUGAAAUCUGUCGUCUACAGAUCAGAUGCUGUUCUGACAAGUAGACCCACUGGAUAUUGGAGAAUUAAAAUGGAGAUCACCACUGUAGAAAUAAAGGAAUAUGAUCUUAGUGGUGUUGAGUUUAUUGGUGAAUAAUAAAUUAAAGCACAUCCAUGAGUUACAAAGAUUAUUGUUAAUGUAAAUUAUUUUCUAUGUUUGUUGGUGUAGAUUUAUAUCUAUUUGUUAUAGACAGUAUUUGAUAUUGUCCAUCAUAAUACAAUAACACCACCAUUGAAUAAUUGUUCAACUGUCAUGUUAUAUUUGUUUGUUAAUUAUAUAUUUAUUAAUAUGUGCUAUUUACUCUGAAAGUAAGGAUAGAUAGGAAUGGAGUUAAAUAUGUCCUAUUUACUCUGAAAGUAAGGAUAUAUAGGAAUAGAGUUAAAUAUGUGCUAUUUAUUCUGAAAGAAAGGAUAUAUAGGAAUGGAGUUAAAUAAGUGCUAUUUACCCGGAUGUUUAAGUUCUGGCAUACAAACACAGGUUCUCUUCCACUUAGUCAAUCAACUGCUCUUUUUGCUGAAAUUCAGCUUGCAAUUGGCAGAUUUUUUUGACAUGGUGUUAUUAUAAAAGAGAAACGACAGAAGGUAAACACUGUCGGGCUCCAUGCUGUAAAGAGAAAUCCCAAACUUUUCAGAGAUUUUUCUGUACACGUGGAAAUACAAAUAAUUGUGUGCAUCACUGACUGAAAGGUGUACACAGAGAGUGAGAGAAAUGGAGUGUAACGUCCACCCAACACAAAAUACGUCAUUUCAGGACUAACAUAUGGUUCAAGUUUAUUUCAUGUUUGCACGUAGGGGUCUUUUUAGCAAUGGGAGGAAACCGGAGGACCCGGAGAAAACCCACGAUGUUGGACAGGCGACCUUACUCCUUGCCAAGUACAACCUGCGAAUCAACACCACGCAAGUUGACUCAAUAAUGGGCCUUAUGAUAUAGCAUGCAUGCGCUAACCAUUCAGCCAUCCAACCCCCACUCCCACGUGUACAUGGAAAGCGGACCUGAGACUGAAUGAUGAAAAUAACAAAGAAGUUGGGGUUUCUCAAACUAUGGAACAAUUGAACAGUUUUCUGCAUAAUCAGUUUAUAUGAAACAUUUGUUUUGUUUGAUUUUUGAAAUUGUUUGUUUUUUGGCCUGAUGCAUAAAUAUUCUAUGAUUGUAACAAGUUUUCAUUUUAAUAGUGCUUUUAAUAAUAAUCUUUAUCAUUUACUAUAUAUUUUAUGUAUUUAUAAGGUGCGUAAAGAAUAUUCAAAUCGGGAGAGUUUUUUUUAAAGAUUAUUGGUUGUUGAUGAAUGAACAAAUGACAUUUUAAGACUAUUUUUCUCUUCUUUUAAAAAAAAAGUAUUUGUAUGUAUUUAAUGUAAGAAAUGUUAACUGUAUAUUAAAUUAUGAAUGUUCUAGAUUUUAUAAA